AUGCGGUGAUUACAUUUACUGCUGGAGGAUUUAUGAGGAAUUAAUCAAAAGAAGCUUCAUCAAAUUAAAGGACAAUGAAAGAACACUUAUAAUACCCUUAGGCGAUUCGUCAUAAAUAGGGAGAUAACCUAUGCAAGAUAUAAAAUAAGGAUUAUCUUAACCAGCAUGCAUCGUGAUAGAAUAGGUCAUUGAAUUAUUAAAUUUACAAUGUAA